AUGAGAAUAAAAUUGAAUAUUGAUGGGAUGUACAAUUGCAUUGAAUUUGUUGAAGAACACAAUCAUGAACUUCACUUGCCAUCUACUAGUCAUAUGAUGAAGUCACAAAGGAGUGUUUCUGAAUUUCAUGCAUUUGAAAUUGAUCUGGAAGAUGACUCUGGUAUUAGACCUAAGGACAUGUUUGAGUACAUGAGUAGGCAUGCAGCCGGGAGUUUGCUAUUGUAUUUUGAAAAUCAAAUUAGGAUAAAUCCAUCAUUUACUUAUUCAUUGCAAUUGGAUAAUGAUGAGCAGAUAACUAACAUAUUUUUUGCCGAUCCGAAGAUGAGAAUUGAUUAUGCACAGUUUGGUGAUGUUAGCUUUGAUACAAUAUUUUCUACGAACAAAGAGUCUAGACCUUUUGGGAUAUUUGCUGGAUUCAAUCAUCAUAGGGGAAUCAUCAUAUUUGGGGCUGCAGUUUUGUAUGAUGAGACGACUGAUUCGUUCAAAUGGUUGUUUGAGGUUUUUCUAGAAGCUCAUGGACAAAAGAAGCCAAUCACUAUUUUCACAGAUUAA